UGUGUGCGGGGUUGCGGCGGACUCCGCAUGAUGUGUGAAACGGCCUUUGUGCACACAUGACCUACUCUUCGGGCAUAGACAAGGGAUUCGGCUGCAUCUGCGCUUCAGAAAGCAGCGGAUGCGACUGGAGGGACCCAGCAGAGGGUGUAUUUGCACUGAGGGCCCACUCUGACAGCAACCUUUUACGGAGAAAGAGAGAAUGGAUCAUCCCUGCGAGGCCACUGAAGGAAAAUAACGAUUACACAAGUCAAGAGUUCAUAGCAAAGAUUCGAUCCGAUUUCGAUAUUGAUCGGGACAUCACCUACUCUCUGGAGGGCGCCGGUGCCAAUGCGUAUCCCUUUAAUGUUUUUGUGGUCGAUCCUAAAACUGGAUUAAUACGAGUGACCAAAGUAUUGGACAGGGAGGUGAUGGACACCUACAGUAUGUUGGGCGUGGCAAAAUUUAAUGAUGGCACCGAUGCAGAAAAGAAGAUGGACAUACGAAUCAAGGUGGUCGAUGAAAACGACAACGCUCCGGUGUUUGACACCAUGAAGCCCGUGGACGUGUACGAACUCAGUCCUACUGGGACUCUUGUCACAAGAGUCACUGCAACGGAUGCCGACGAACCAGGCAACCCGAACUCUCGGCUGGUCUACUCCAUCAUAAAGCAGAACCCCAAUGAAGACAUGUUCUUAAUGAACAACGAUGGAAACAUCUUUGUCAACAAGCCGUCUCUGGAUAGAGAGAGAAUAGAUCAGUACAUUGUGACGGUGAAGGCUCAGGACCUCAAUGGUAGACGAGAGGGACUCACUGGCACAAGUACGUUGACCAUCAAUGUGCUGGAUGUCAACGACAACCUUCCUACUCUGGAAAAGGAAAAGUAUGAGGGAAGCAUUGAGGAGAACACACAAGGCGUGGAGGUGAUGAGAAUCAAAGCUCAAGACUUGGACCUGAAGGACACAGAAAACUGGGAACCCGUGUUUGAUAUUGUCAAAGGCAACGAGGCCAAAUACUUCAGCAUCAAAAAGGACCCAAAGACCAAUGAGGGCAUCCUCAUGCUUGAUAAGCCUGUGGAUUACGAGAAUGUGAAGAAUCUCGAUCUUGGACUCAUGGUGAGGAACAAGGCUCCACCUCAUGGAAAAGUUACGGAAAACACACCAUAUAAGACCUAUCCUGUCAAAAUCAACGUGAGGAAUCAGCGUGAAGGACCAGAUUUUGACCCCAAAGUCAAAGUGAUUACCAUGUCAGAGGGAGGCUCCACCACCAUUACGGAUGUUAUUGCCCGCUACCCAGCGAUAGACCAGGACACUGGGAAACCAGCUGAGAAUGUCAAAUAUGUUAAAGGUUCUGACCCUGACAACUGGCUCACCAUCGACCCAGACACGGCUGAGAUCAAAAUGAACAAGAUGCCUGACAGAGAGUCUACUUUCCUGGUUAAUGGGACGUACUAUGCCAAAGUACUCUGCAUUUCGGAGGACAUGCCCUCAAGCACCGCCACUGGCACUGUGGCCAUCCAAGUGGAAGAUUUUAACGACCAUUGUCCCACCCUGACCAGUACCAUCGAGACGAUGUGCAUUCCAAACGAUGCUGUUUUUGUCACCGCCAUCGAUGAGGACGACUUCCCAAAUGGAGCUCCUUUCACCUUUGAAAUCAUCCCAGAAAACACGAAGGGCAAAUGGCAGGUGGAACAUCUUAAUGAUACUACAGCCAUCCUGAGGGCCCAGGACUCCAAGUGGCCCGGUUUACACAUAGUGGAAGUGCUAGUGAAGGACGGGCAGGGGGUGGCGUGCCCAAAACCUCAGAAGGUGACGGUCCAAGUAUGUACUUGCGAGGAUGAAGUCAGGUGUGGAAAACGAGGCACCCACGGUCAGCCCAGCAAAAGAGCAGAGUUGGGACCUGCAGGCAUCGGACUGCUGUUGCUGGGCCUGCUGCUGCUCUUACUCAUUCCUCUGCUACUGCUCUUCUGCCAAUGUGGGGGUGCUGCGGGGCUGCCAGUGGACACACGUGACAUACCUUUUGAGACCAAGUCGCACUUGAUCAACUACUGCACCGAGGGCCAGGGGGAAAACACGGAGGUGCCACUGACCUACUUGCCGACACAGGUGGUCUUGGGUGACGUCACAGAUCGAAUGAAUCAGUCCGCUUUUGUGGAAGAAAACAUAGAGCAGUCGUGGUUGAUGAACCAGGCCAACAUGAACACCUCUUACUCCAGAUUGGGAAACAGAGCAGUACGAGGUGCAGCCGCAGGAACGUAUGACAGCAUUGCACUGCCAGAUCACAUCCUUGCCCAAUACUACAUGCAGAAGUCGCACAGCGGAGGAGAGAACCUUGCGGUGAAGGAUACUUUCUUGAAAUACAACUUUGAGGGCCAAGGCUCCUCCACUGGCUCAGUGGGCUGCUGCAGCCUACUGGAGACCGACAACGACCUGCAUUUCCUAGAUGACCUCGGUCCAAAGUUCAAGACACUAGCGGAGGUGUGCGGUGGAUUGAAAAUCCAAAACGUGGCCACUUCAAUGCCCAGCACAUCCUCAACCAUGGUUGUGAGUGAACCGCUGCCAGAACCCCCCAAGCUGUCACCAGCACAACAUACUGUGAUACAGAAGGAGGAUCGCUCUCAGGUGCUGAAAGAAAUGACAAUGACGACAGCGGCGCAAGCAGUGGAAAAUCAAGGCCAGAUGCUCCUGGUCCAGCAGCAGCAGCCUAUUUACUACACCACCGCCACCACUCCAAUGCUCCAACCCAUUCAGUAUGUGGUUCAGCCACAAGUACAGAACACCAUGCUGCUGGCUGAGGCACCAGCAACCAACCUCCAGGGCAUGGUGCUAGCAGCACCCUCACAAGGCAUGCUGCUGCAGGGGCAGAGAGCACUCUCUGGUGGACAAACUAAGAACCCUGGCAUAGUCCUGAUGGACAACUCCAAGAUCCAGACCAGUGGAGCCACCAGAUCUGGCCUGCAGGCCAUGGUGGUCGUGGACAGCAAUGUCUCUGCAGGCUCUGUUAAGGUGCGAAAGGGCAGCCAAACUUCUCUCCUGCAAGGGGACGCUUUGCAGACAGGAGGGAUUUCAGGAGCUCAGAGAGUCCUGGUGGUUGAAGGCUCAUCCAAAGGAAGUGGGCAAACCUUCCAGGAAGCAAAAGGUGCGUCCCAGAAGAGUAACCCCUCUGGAUCUGUAAAAUCCUUCAGCAGCAAGAGCUCCACCAAGUUCACUGGAUCUAGGAUGGCUUCAUCCAGCAGCCCCGUAGUGAGCAGAAUCCCAUCAUACCACAAAGUGGUGGUACAGGAGACACGCAAAUAAUGGAUUUUCUGCUCACCUGUGCCACUGAGACUUGAUCAAACCUGGUCCAAGUUAUGGACAGUCCAUAAACUCAGCAGGCUCCACCCACUCCAUGUCAGCCCAAUGGCUACUGUUCCUGACUGGAUGUGGAAACAAAAAGGUAAUAUUGGUACUAACAGUAAAUAUAACGGAUCCGUUCCCCCUGCCUGCAAACAACUCUUCUGUUUUCACUGCUUAGCACUGAAUGUAAAGAGAGUUAGUCGUUACCUGUCCACCAUGCCAAAGACAUUAAAAUGACAGUUUGUUUAAGUUGUGAGGUUUAAAAUAUGUAUUUAGGUAAUAUGCAAAUGAAAAUAGAUUAUAUUUAGUGUAAGCAGUUUUAUUUCGAACUUCCUAAGAACGACAUUCACAGAACAAUUUGAUGGAAGUACUUCAGCCAUUUGUUCAAAUGAACAAAAUGCAAGAAGAAAGCACACGGCCGCACAUACAAUAAGUGGAUUUGGGUGUGUCUGCACUGAGAUUGUGUCUGAGCAUGUGUGAGCCUCCCCAGCCGCCUCCUGCAGAACCGGUUUUUACACCGAGCACUCAUGCUGAACUCGCCUCGACUUUUUUCUCACCCGGCGUGUUGCCGUUGCUAGGUGAAAGGUCAACGUGUUAAAAGAGGAACUCAAUAGUCCACGGCAGCACCCAUGUCAUUCGGUCUUUAACCCCGGCACCAUCCAAUAUGAAGAGCCCUUCAUUUAAUGUGUUUAUGUGUUUGCUCAGUACACAACACCGGCUUGGUGAACUAAACUUCAAAUGUGAUAAACACCAAACAACCCACACACAGACACACCUGUUAAAAAAGCAACUCUCAACACCACACCCCUUCCAGUCCAACCUCUCAGGCUCAACUUUAUAACUAACUCCAAGGCGUAAGUCUGUCUUAUUCUCUACAAGGGUGAGAUGUCGCUGAUGAAAAUUGUAUGUCAGUUAAAUGAGAUUACAUGAAGCGUUAUGUCGACUGGCAGUCUGUGCUGUUGGCUGUACUAUACUGAUACUGUAUGACCCGUGUGCUCAUGUCCAAGUCACUGAAUAGAAUCAUAUCCGAGUACAACAUCAAGCCGACGACUCAGCUUAUUAUAUCACACCAAUAUAUUGGAUUCAUAGUUGUCUAUAGUUACAGUGGACUGACAUAUAUCACGGUUUGUACAUUAUCAUCAACUCCUGGAGGAUGUUCGGUGGGCUACAUGAUGGUCGUGUACAGACCUGAUCAAAUAGCUAGAAUUUACCUUUUGCACAUUUGGAUCUGAAUGAGGUUUUAAGUACAGCUACAAUAUGCAAAAACAAGAAGGGAGAGUGUUACAAAUAGCACACUGAAAAAAAUAUCUAUUGAAAACAAUGAAACUGAAAUAGGCUCUUUAUCAGCUGAUCAAAAGUUUAAGACCAUCGAAAAAAAUGACAAAAAACUCUCCAAACCAGAAAAAAAAAUUCUCAGUAGGACUCAGUAAUGAGUAGCUCCGCAGUUCUUGGUAAACACUUCAAAAAUUGGUUUGGGCAUGCUUGAUGUGGGUGUUUCUAGGAGGCUAUUGGGAACAUUGCUCCAAGUGGUGAAGAUGGGUGGAAGAACGGUAUCCACUGUCUGGAUCUGAUGGCCAUUUUUAUAAACUUCCUUUGCCAUCCAUCUCCAAAUGUUCUCCAAAGGAUUUAAAUGAGGGGAAGAUGCGGGAUGGUCCAAAAGAGUGAUGUUAUUCUCCCUGAAGAAGUCCUUGGUCAUCAGCGAGCAUUGUGAACUUCAGCAUUGUCCUCUUGAAAAACCAAGCUGUUACCAUACAGACGAGGGCCCUCAGUCAUGAAGGAUGCCAUUUGACGACCCUGCACCACCUGAAACUUCGAUGUUCCACUGAAUGAAAACGCACCCCCAGAUCAUGAUGGUUUUUUCCACCUUUCAAUGUCCCAUGUUUGAUGCUCCCUGGCAAAGUCCUUGAAUUUGUUUUUUGAUGCCAAAAGAUGCUGUCUGAUGGUCAUUGUGCUGCAGUCGGUACUAGUAAGGGCCUUCAUUUGGGUUGAGGACCUCCCUGUGUCUUCAUGGACAGCCAAUCGCAUUAAGCUCUACUUAAAACCUCAUUAAGGUCUAGCAAUCUAGCAAUUUUUCAAAUGGUCUUAAGAUUUUGAUCAGGUCUGUAUUUGUACUCACAAAUCAAAUGUAAAUGGGGAUGAUGCUGGUGUUUAGUUGAGUGCAAUAUCCUACAAUAUACCAUGUUAAACAAACACUGGAGGUUCUGUCGUACGUAGAGUACUUCAAGGGAUGUUCUUUAGUGUUUCUAUUGAUGUAAAGGACCUGGGUACCAAGCAUGGGGCCUAAGUGAAACUGUGUUCGUGUCACAUGAUCCAAAAAGAAAACAGGACAAACCACAAAUGGCUGCCGUGUCCUGAGUCAUAGACGCGGUGUUUGUUUUCAACGCAGCGAUAGAAGCCGAGUGAGGAGUGACAACAAUAUUGUUCUCCUGGAAUGAGCUCCAACUUACUCACACUCUCUGGGCGGGACGCUUUCUCAGCAAUUUUGGGCGCGACACUUAUAGAACUUUCAAAAUAACCACAGCACCGUCAGCUGAUCUUCCCUCUCAAAAAUAUCAUACUUCAUCACUAUAUUAAAUAUGGUAGAAAUAUGGUACAUUCCGGAUACAUUAUGUAGGAUGUAAGUAUGCUUCAGUACUACAUUAGAAGUGCAUUAUAUAUGAUGUAAAUAUGGAACAUUAAAAGUAUAUUAGGUUGGAAAUAAAUGUGGUAAAUAUUGUAUAAUGUAAAUAUGGUACGAGACAUACAGUACAUUAAAUCUGAUGUAAGUGUUGUACAUUAGAGGUACAUUAAAUAUGUAUCCUGUAAAUAUGGCAUAUGAAAGGUACAUUAGGUAGGAUGUCAAUAUAGUACUACAAUACAUUACAGGUAUGUAUACCGGUAUUAAUAUGAUGUAAACAUGGUAUACUGGAGGUGCAUUAAGUAUGAUGUAAAUAUAGACUAUGAGCUACAUUAAAUAUGAGGUAAAUAUGGUAUUUUAGAGGUACAUACGUUAAAUAGGAUGUAAAUCAGGUACAUGAGAGGUACCUUAAAUAUCAUGUAAAUGUGAUACAUGAGGUACAUUAAAUAUGAGAUAAACAUGGUAUUUUUAGAGGUACGUAUAUAUUAAAUAGGAUGUAAGUCAGGUACAUAAGGGGUACUUUAAAUAUGAUACAUGGUACAUAGUACAUUAAAUAUGAUGUCAAUACGGCACACGAUGUACAGUGUAUAUUAAAUAUCACAAAAAUAUGGUACAUGAGAGUUAAACCUGAGUAAAACCAUUAAACCUGAUGUAAAUGUGUUAAUCUGGAAGUACAUUGAAUGUAUUUUUUUAGGUUGUAUGUUGUCAUUUAGCAGACAAAGUUAUGUGACACGUUACUUAAGGUGUUAUCUUUACAAUUGCUUGUCGCCAUUAGCAAUGUAGUCGUAAAAGUCUGAGUGCUUCCAUCGCAUAGGUUUGUAUGCUUUCAGGGCAAAUUUUAAAAAAUAAUUUUAUGAUCAUUGUGUCCGCUGCUAUGUUUACGACAAUAGAUCAAUUUACAUUGACAGGCCAUUAUAUUAGGCAAAACAGACAUUUAUCAUUGGAAAAGCCACAAGACGAUAUUUGUUGAUGUGCUCAUACUGAAGUACUCUCAUACUGUCUCAUACUGAGAGCUAAAAUUCCUGGUAGUAGCCGAUGCAGCAGUAUUUAUACAUGGAAAAAAUGCUGAGACCACCCUUCUUUCUUCAGUUUGUCCAUCAAUUUUAAUUCCAGGCACAACUAAAAGGUACCAUUUUUGGAACAAAUAUACUGAUGACAGCAAAAAUAGCUCAUACGCGUUUAAUUCUUUGGCAGUACAAUGCUACAGUUAUCGAUGUGAGAACUUUUCAAGAAAACCAUGGAAGUUGCUAGAUAUCAGCUCUUAAAUUAAAACUCUUAUGAGCUAUUUUUGUUAUCAUCAUUAUAUCUGUCCAAAAAAAACUGUACCAUGAGUUGUACCAGGCAUUAAAUUGAACAAAUACACUGAAGAAACGUAAAUGAGAAAGGUCAUUCCCACAGGAAGAAAUAAAACCUUUGGUGCAUAUGCAGGAAAUAAAGAUGAGUAUAUCUACUAGUACAGUAUAUCAUAAUAAUGAUGUGCAGAACUUUAAUAUUAUAAAAACUGUUUAUUUGGUCAUUAAUUCGUGAAUAGUGACAGUGACAGCAUGGCGAGGUCGCAAGCCCUCGCUGACAGGAUAGACGUGUUCUCACUCUACUGUGAGGCAAAAUAUGUGACUUGUCUAUGUCUCUCGCUCACACACACACACACACACAAACACACAUACACACACAGCGUAA